AUGAGGCCAGCCGGAAACGCCCUCCUCCUCCUGCUUGCCAUCUCCUCCGCCCUCCUCCCUCUCGCCUCCCCCCACGCCGUCCCCGAUGGCGGCCGCCCUCCCAGGCCCACCGGCCCCCGCAAGCCCCACCUCCCCCCCGUCGACCCUCGGGUCAUCCCCUUCUGCAACCAGACCGAUCACCCCAAAGUCUGCAUCAACUCGGCCCGCUUCUACUCCCACAAGUACCCGGCUCUCAACGCCACCAACAUGUUCGACAUAAUGAUCCACGCGCUCCGGGACCGCGUCGGCGUCGUCAAAGCCAGGGCCCACGCGCUGUCCAAGAGCCAGACGUGGAACAAGAACGUGCUCGACGGCAUCGGCGACUGCCUCGCGUUUUACGACGAAGCGCUGGAUGACGUGAACGAAGGGGUGCGGGCAUUCGCGACGCGCGACCAGGGGACGUUCGAGACCAGACUCAGCUCGGUCAUCACCAUGUUCAGCACCUGCGACGACGCCUUCAUGGAGAGUCUUAACCCGUUGGCAAAGCAGAACGGCCGGUUGAUGAACAUGGCGAGCAACUGCAUCGCCAUCGGCCAAUUGUCCUUUAAAUAA